AUGGCUUCACUUUCUUCAGGCAUGUCAGCUUUUAAGUUCAUCAUAAUCUUCGGGCUGUUUGGGGCUAGUUUUGGAUUUUCAGGAAGAUUUUGGCACAUCACUGACCUGCACUGGGACCCAACUUAUGAUCCGAGCAAGGAGCCUAACAGUGUUUGUGCGUCCAACUUUAAUCGACCAGCCAGUAAUGCGGGGACUUUUGGAGACUAUGUUUGUGACUCGUCAUGGAACCUGAUCAGCUCUAGUAUAUCCGCUAUGAAAGCUACAUUACCAGAUCCAGACUUUAUUGUAUGGACCGGAGAUGACACACCUCAUGUGCCAAAUGAACAACUGGGUGAAGAGGCAGUUCUUGGUAUCAUCAACAACCUCACCUAUAUUAUAAAGCAACAUUUCCCAAAAACCAAGGUUUACUCGGCUUUGGGCAACCAUGACUUUCACCCCAAAAGUCAACUCCCUGCUGCUUCCCACAAUAUCUAUAACAAGACGUCUGAGAUGUGGAAGGAAUGGUUACAUCUGGGGUCCCAAGAAACCUUUAGACAGGGUGGAUUCUAUACAGAGGAGCUUCUCAAUCGCACAGGCUACAGGAUGAUUGUGCUUAAUACUAAUCUCUAUUAUGAUCAGAAUAAGGUGACAGAGGGCAUGGAAGACCCCGCUGGCCAGUUUGCUUGGGCUGAUCACAUUUUAACAGAAGCUGCCAACAAGAAAGAGAAGAGCCUGACCAUCCGUGGAAGCUCCAAUGGCACCACAUCUGUCUGACAGACAGGAUGACUCUAUCUCAUAAUUUUUUGACCGGUUCAGCGGCAGUGUGUGUGGC